CUUUAUUUUGUUUUGUUUUUUUACUUUGCUAGUGUUUGUGCGACGUAGUGGCCGUUGUUUUGCAGCGGGCGGGAGCUGUGGAGUCCCGAGCUGCAGCAGGCUGCGGUCAAUAGCCUGCUCGAACGUGCACCGCUGCGGUUUAGCUGGCGCGGCCUUCACUGACGUAGACGGCGCGAAUUAACUGCUAUCAAGAGAAAUAAGCGAAUUACGCGAAGCCGCCGCCUGAAGAAAAGGAGCUAUGGAGACGGAGGUUGACAAGGUCGAGCCUCAAGACAGCGAACAAGACGAGGAGGAAGAUGUGUACGAGGUGGAGAGGAUUAUUGACAUGCGAGUGGAGGAGGGUGAGAUGCUCUACAGAGUGCGCUGGAAAAAUUACUGCUCUGAUGAUGACACCUGGGAACCAGAAGCCCACUUGGAGGAUUGUCGCGAAGUCCUCUUGGCUUAUAAAAAGUUGGUGGCAGAGGUCAAGGUCAAGAAAGACGCUGAAGCUAAGAAGAGCAUGAAACUGCCUACAAAGAGUGAUGUGUUUGAUGCAGAUUCAGAGAGUGAAAACGACAAAGACAAGCCAAGCGAGAUGCCUGUCAAGAAAAAGAAAAAGAAAAAAGUACGAGAGGAGGAAGAAGAACUUUCUCUGAAGGAGAAAAGAAAAAAGAAGAAAGACAAGCGAAAAGACGAGCUGAUGAGGCCAUUACCCGCACCAGAGACGGAUGAAGAUGACGAAACAGCUUCGACCCCACCUUCCCCUCCAAAGGAGAAAAUGACAGAAUUGAAAAAAAGGGUGCUUGACUCUGAGGAAGAAGAGGAUGAGCUCGUUCCCCCCAAGAAACAUAAGAAAGACAAGGGGAAAGAUGGAGGGAAGCACAAGAAGGAGAAAAGCGAAGAGGGGAAGAAAAAGAGAGUUAAGAAAGAUCGGAAGAUUGAGUCAUCCGAAGACGAAGGAACUGCACCCCUGGAGGAAGACCUCAGCGAAGGAACAUCAGAGCUGCCAGAGGACACCGUGGCAGUGGAGCCUGUGGCAAAGCCCAUUGAGAAGGCUCGAUCAGAGGACAGGUCCAAACAGAAGCGAGGAAAGUCGGAACUAAAGCUGCAGGGCAUCAAGGACCUCAUCCACGACAAAAAGGGCAAGCGGCCUGACACCUCCACACACCCUCAGAAAGAUGGUAGCGUGCAAAAGCUCAAGAGCUUCUCCUCCAAGGCCAGGGUUGAAGGAGCACCUCUUUCCUCUGAUUCCAGUGACAGCUCCAUCCUGCACAAGAAAGCCAAGACCAAGGGGCAGGAGAGCAUUUCUGCACCAUCUAAAGCCCCCUCUUCUUGUGCCUCAUCAUCCUCCUCCUCCUCUAUUGCCACAGCAAGCACCAGCAAGGGUAAGGAUGAAGAUAUGGCUAAAGAGGAAGUUGUUGGACAGAAGGACACAGCUUCCUCCACCAACCUGUUUGAGAAGUUCCUUUUGGACUUUGAAGCCAAGGACCGCCUACCCCGCAGACAGGCAGCUCACCAGCCAUCCUCCACAGAUGCCAGCAGCAGCAAAUCAACAAAGCUUCAAGGGAAAAUUGAAAAGAAGAACAAGUUGACCAAAGACUGUCCAGCUCAGAAAAUGGAGCCCGAGAAGACAGAGAAAGCCAAGCAAUUAGAAGUCUCUAGACCUGGACAGAGUUAUGGCUUCAGCCUCGACAGUGAUGAGAAGGAAGGGGAGGAACCUCCCCAAAAGUCGAGGUUAGGGGAGGAUUCCCGGGAACGGAGGGAAAGGCUGGAGGAAGCACAGCGGUCCAGCUGGGAGAAGAGGAACCCUGCCGAUGAUAGGCGGAGAAGGAGAGAAGACAGCGAACCCAGGCUCUUCAUGGCAUGCGAUGACAAUCUGGAUAACCAGGACCAUCUGGAGGGCACUGAGAAGCCUGACAAGGGCCAGGCCACUUUGAGUCUGGGAAUGGACCUCAACCUGGACUGGAUGACUCUGGAGGACUUCCAGAAACAUCUCAAUGGUGAUGACGAGAUCCUCUCUGCUCCCCCAUUGUCUCCCAGUGAGCUGCGAGAGGCCGUGAAGAGCGGUGACUACAUGUCUGUUAAACUUGCACUCAAUUCCAAAGAAGAUUACAAUCUGGACCAAGAGGACUCCAGUGGUAUGUCCCUGAGCAUGCUGGCAGCUGCAGGUGGUCAGGACGACAUCCUCAGGCUUCUAAUAAAGAAGGGAGUGAGGGUGAACGGGCGACAGAAGAAUGGGACCACGGCCUUAAUGCAUGCUGCUGAAAAGAACUUCCUGACGACUGUCGCCAUCCUUCUGGAAGCUGGAUCCUAUGUCAAUGCCCGGACACUUGGAGGGGAGACGGCUCUAAUGAAGGCCUGUAAGAGGGGUAACACUGACAUAGUGCGCCUCCUACUGGAAUAUGGGGCCGACUGCAACAUCCUGUCAAAACACAAGAACACUGCCAUGUACUAUGCUAAAGUCAGCAAUAAUAUGACGGUGUGCGAUCUCAUCAAGGACCACAUCAACAUGUUGUCUAGUGUGGCUGAGGACACCAUCAGGGCAUACUUUGAAUCUCGACUGGUCCUGUUGGAGCCAGUGUUUCCUUUGGCCUGCCACAGAUUGUGCGAGGGACCAGACUUCUCCAUGGAGUUUGGCUACAAGUCCCAGCAACAACUAGAGGCCUCGGGGAUCCUCCUCUUCGUCUUCCACGCCAACUUCCUGAGUGAGAUCUCAGCCAGGCUGUGCGGCCCAUGCAGUGUUCAUGCCGUGAUACUCAAUGACAAGUUCCAGCUCCCCAUAUUCCUGGACAGUCACUUCAUCUAUUCCUUCAGCCCAGUCCCAGGCAUUAACAGGCUAUUUAUCCGUCUGGCAGAGGCACCCACAGCCAAGGUCAAGCUUCUCAUCUGUGCAUACAGAGUCCAGCUACAGUGAUGCCUCCCCAGGCCAGGUCAAAGGUUACACUAGGACUAACAACACAUCAACUCUUGGGAACUCAUUCAGACACACAAACAAACAUACACACACCAGACACACAUGCAGCCACAGUUGAAAAUCUUUGCCAAGCUCAUCAUCAUCUGAAGGUGGAGGAUCUUGUCAGACCACAGCCUACAUUAAAUGGAAUUAAAAUCCCUCUUGCUUGCAAGAAACUGUUUUUCACCCUUCAAGAGCUGCAGCUUUAUGAUGACAUCCUGGUCCUGUCCACAUCACACCUCCAUAUUCACACUAGACUUGAUGCACAAUCCAGGGAUCUUGUGAGAUCAGCGCAGCAGUUUACAUUUGCGCAACACUUUGCACAGCUAUGUCCAUUCGUCACUGACAGCAACUGCUGGACGUGCUUUCUGGGUGAAAGGCGGGGGCCAUUUUGCAAAAUAUUUAACAGAAACAUAUCGACUCCCCCCUAUCCUGCUGUGGUUCCCAAGACUAAAAACCCCUCCUGGAUUGUGCCUUCCUCCAACUCGUUCCUACUUUUUUGAGUGUGUAUAUGAUAUAUGCGUGUGUUAACUGUUUAUAAGCCUAGCUUGUGUGUACAUGUGCAUAUCUUUGAUGUGUCGUUUGCAGUCUGGGUGCAUUUUGAGAAUGAUUUUUUUUGUUGAGGGGGGGUGUUCAAUGUUUUCAUUUUGUUUUGGACCAAGCAAAUGCUUUGCCCAAUAUUUUGAUUGCACAUCUGUUGAUGGCAUUUUACUUAACAGUGACCUUCAUCCAGUGUGUUCACCUGCACAUUUGGAAGUACAUGGUAGAACAUAUAAGUGCUUAUUGAACACCUGUAAUACUUUCAAGGUUGUAACACAUAACAUUUUGUAAUUAUAAAUUGUACAACUGUAAUUUUACUCACAUGUUGUUGUCACAACCCUGUAAGUCCAAUAUAACAGACAUGUCACUUUAAUACAUUAUACUUAGAAUUGUAUAGGUUGAUGCACAGGUUAAUAAACUGGAAAUGAGGUCAUUGCAAAAUAUCACCUUUUAAUUAAUGAAGCAGCUGUAUUUGUUUUACCUACCCCUACAGAUUUGCCCAUUAUAUUUUUGGUCUGUACAUAUCCAUAUAUAUUUUAUCUUUGGGAUUGAUGACUGCUAACGUUUUGUUGCUUUUUACCACCGUAGGAGUGGUUUUAAGUUAUUAGGAUUGUAUAGUGCAAAGCUCUGUUUGUUUUUUCCUUAAAGGCUACAAUGUCCCACCCAAGGCUGCCCAGUUAUUUCACAUAUGGAUUUUCAAAAGAAAAAGCUUCGGAAUUGAUGAUUAGUGAUGGGAUCUGUCAUUCAUGCUCGAUACAGCAUCAGCACAGGCGGUUCUGUUUACUAGGCCUCUUUUGCCUACUGUGUCAAGCAAAAGUCACUUUUACACACCCCUUUCCAAUCUUAUUCAAUAGGAUCAAAUGAAGCAGCUGAAAUCAACUUGAUAUACAUACUAUAGGCCUAAUGUGUCAUGAAUGCACCAACAUUUUUCCAGUGCAGUUCUCAUGUGCACAUCUUAUGUCAACAAUGUAACGUCACUGAAGAACAGUACAGCGCGGGAACAUAUUUGUAGGUUAAUGUUUGUUGUCUCCUGCAAUAUGAAGGAAUUACUGUCAUUGCUGGGAUGUAAUUUUAGAGGAUGAGGCCUCUACAUGCUGCCUUAAUAGCCAUAUUUUUCAAGUCAGUUCAUGUUGUGAUUCUUUGCUCAACUGUAUAAGUUGAGUAAUAUACUGGUAUAUGCCUCCCUGAGGCAUAUACUGGCUGUGUUUAUUCAGGACUGUUAAAACCAACGGUAAAGUGUCAACAGCUUGAUGAUGGCCAUAAUUAUGAAAUAAUUCCACAUAUUGCCUCUUCUCCUCAAACAACAAUCAUUUUUGUAUUUAACUGAAGUUUACUAGCUGCCUGGGUACCUAAUAAAGCAAAGUGUAAAAAUUACACAGAACAAGACGACUAAAAAUUUAUGCAGCAGACAGAAACCCAUCAGACCCUCGCAUUUAAUCUUGAGUCGUGGCACAGUGGUGAUUGCUGUCAUGUUUUAUGAUUUCGAGGUUGGGGUGAGUGGACAUCCGUACGGUGUGUUGCACAAGCGUUAUGGUGAUGAUUUCUGAUUCAAAUCUUUGGGGAUAAAAGACUUGAUCAUAGCGGGUGCCUCGAAUAUAGGUUGUUAAAGUCGCAGUACAGAAGUCCUUUUCAAGGGUGAGGAUAUUUAAAUCUCAUAGCACGACUACACACCAUGGACAGCCUGCCAGCUCAUUUGGAGAUGGAAGCCAAAGCAAAUUCCAUCUCGGAGCUCAAAGUCUGGAAGCAGUGUGAGUGGGCAAUCUUCCCGCAAAUUGCGAUGACCAAAUCUACCUCCACAAAUCCAUGUUUCUUUUUUAAAGAUGUUUCGUACGUGAUUCUUGAUUUCCAGGGCGAUAUUUAAACCCAAGAUAUUUUAAAAUAUGAAAUGUAUAUCCCCUUCCAAUUUAGGCCAGACCAGAAUGGGAGUCGAUAGCUUAAACUGGUGCAAUAAAAAGUCAUAUUAGUGAACACUUAAUCUUGUUUUUCUUGAAGUCCCCGAUUUGUGUUAUCGCAACCAUAGGUCAUUUUGUUCAUCUUGUUUCCCUUCUAGAAGUUACCAAUGAUCGUUUCACCCUCUGUAUGCCUGGCACAGAAUUGGUUCAGUGUGCAUAGAGAGGAAUAGUUAGUGAA